AUGGUGUCGAAAAACAGGAAGUACUCAUUAUUUAGUAAUCUAAUGUCCAAGGCUAAAACAGUUUUUAUAUCUCUUGUUGUCGAGCGUAGAAUUAAAAAAAAUUUGUUUAAUGAAAAUGUUACGAAAAAUGUUUCACAUCAGCCAGAACAAUCCGGAAUGUGUUUGUAUCAGCAAAUGUCUGAUUGA